AUGCCUCCACCGCUCGGAGACGUUUCCGAUGAUGAGUCGACUGGCGAAUCCAUUCCUUUCAAUAAUGCGGCUAAAGAAAAGGGCGAAGGCAACAAUGUAAAGCCCGAAGAGGACGAUGAGGAUGACGAAGACGAGGAGGGAGUUUAUACGGUUGAGGAAAUCGUCGGCCAUGAUUUUGCAAAGGAUGGCUCCCUUCUGCUCCAAGUGAAGUGGAAGAACUACGACGACCCCGAAGACCAAACUAUGGAGCCAGAAGCGAACCUACUGGAGGGCGCGGAAGAUAUUGUCAAGGAGUAUUUCCGCUCCAUAGGGGGACGACCGCAGAAACAGGGUAGAAAGCGAAAAUCAUUAGGAGCAGCUAAACAGACACUGGAGAAAGCCGAACCCAAGAAGCGAAGAAAGUCGCGAGCCGAUCAAGAUACCGAGGGAGCAGCAAAAAAAGAAAAAGAAGAGGCCGAUGGUGUUGAAUGGAUGCCUAAGUCCAAGAAUUGGGAGAAUGAGGUUGAGCAUGUCGAUACUAUAAUGCGCGAACAGGGGAGUUUGAUUGCUUUCCUCCAGUGGACGAAUGGCAAGAAGUCUAAGGUAUCCAUUGAAACUUGUUAUGAGAAGUGCCCGAAGAAGAUGCUUAAAUUUUAUGAACAGCACCUUGUCUUCAAAGAUACUUGA